UUCUUAUACUUUUUCUUCUUCUUCUUUCUUUUGACAAGUGAAAAAAAAAAAUGAAUCAAAUCCCAUCCAAGCUAUAUGAAAAGAUUAAAUAUUUUGCCAAAUUCCCUCAAACUGGAGUUUCACUGAGACAAAUGGUGAUGUUUGGGCAAAAACCUUCAGAGGGCACUUUAUUUAAAGCAAGUCAAUUCCUACAUGAGGAAUUACCUAUUCGAAUUGCUCAUCGUGUAAAAGAAUUGGAAGAAUUACCAAGAAAUUUAAGUCAAAUGCCAUCCAUCAUUAAGGUGAAGAAUUGGUAUGCACAAUCCUUUCAAGAUCUUGUUGAACUUCAACCACCAUCUAAAAAAAUAAUUUCAAGUCUUUCAAUAAAAGAACAACAGAUUAGACAGCAUUUGCCUAUCACUGAAGUGAGUUUACCUCCUAAUAUACCUAAUCCAUCCCUUACUAGAGUUUAUAAACCAAUCAUUCAAACCUUACACCCUUCUGUUCCUAUCGGUCAUCGUUAUUAUAAUAACAUGGAUCAACUUGAGUAUUCACCCGAGAUUGUAGACUAUAAUGAAUCAUUUGUAAAAACGAUUGAAAGAGUAAAGAAGAGGCAUGAUCCAGUAGUGACAACGAUAGCACAGGGUAUAUUAGAAUAUAAAGAUUAUGUAAACACUUCUUUAAUUGAUACAGACGUACAAAUGUUCUUGGAUCGUUUUUAUAUGUCUCGCAUUGGUAUUCGAAUGUUAAUUGGUCAACAUGUUGCAUUGCAUAAAGGACCUAAUAAAAAAGAUUAUGUGGGCGUCAUUUGUACAAAGACAAAUAUUCGUCAAGUAGCACAGGAUGCAAUUGCGAAUUCAAGAUUUAUUUGUGAAGAUUUUUAUGGAUUAUUUAGAGCACCUGAAGUUCAUAUGUUUUGUCCUGGGGAUAUUGAAUUCAUGUACGUUCCUUCUCAUUUAAAUCAUAUGUUAUUUGAAUUGCUCAAGAAUUCAUUACGAGCUGUUGUGGAGCGAUUUGGAAGUGACUAUGAGGAUGAAUAUCCACCUAUCAAAUUAAUUAUUGCACAUGGCAAAGAAGAUAUAACGAUUAAAAUAUCUGAUGAAGGAGGAGGUAUCCCUCGUUCUGGUAUUCCUUUAGUUUGGACAUAUAUGUAUACAACGGCACAAGCUCAGGAAUUAGAACCAGAAUUCAGUCAAUCUGACUUUAAAGCACCCAUGGCAGGAUUUGGAUAUGGAUUACCUAUUUCAAGAUUAUAUGCUCGAUAUUUUGGUGGAGAUUUAAAAUUAAUCUCUAUGGAAGGAUAUGGAACAGAUGUUUACCUUCAUUUAAAUAGACUAUCAAAUAGUGAUGAACCACUCAUGUAAAUAGAUGCAACAUGACUAUUGUAUAUCAAACAUACUCAUAAUAAAAUUUACCAUGUCAUAAUAUUGUAUAUCAUACUAUAAUAUCAUAAACAAAAAAAAAAAAAAAAAAAAAAA